AAAAUAAAUCCUCACAAAAAUAGAGGAGAGAGAAGCAUUUGCAGUAGAAAAACCGAAGUAAAUUUCCAGUCAGAGUCCAAUCAGACCACUGACCACGCUUGAACUGGAGAAAGAAGAAGAGGGACUGUGCUGUGUUUUCUCCCUUCCUCUUCUCUUCUACUUCACAUUUUCCCAACCUUGAAAAUCACUCUACAACCAACAAACAAAACAACCUUCUUCUUCAACAACCAUCAACAUUCAACAAUUUACAAUCACAAUUCAUUCCACAACUUAAUUCAAUUAUUCACUUUCGAAAAAAUAAAUGAGUGAGGAAACUAAACCACCAAUAGACGCUGCAAAACCCGGCGCCGAAGAUCGGAAACCGCCAUUGAUGGGAGCUGGUAAGCGGAUCAUUAUUAAAAACGCGGAUAUGGCUGAUGACAUGCAGAAAGAAGCUAUCGACAUUGCAAUUGCUGCAUUUGAGAAGGUUAAUGUUGAGAAAGAUGUAGCGGAGAGUAUCAAGAAGGAGUUUGAUAAGAAACAUGGUCCUACUUGGCACUGCAUUGUUGGUCGCAAUUUUGGUUCAUAUGUUACUCAUGAGACAAACCAUUUUAUUUACUUCUAUCUGGAUCAGAAGGCUGUAUUGCUAUUCAAAUCUGGUUGAUGAUGCCAAGGAUUUCCUUUGAGGGUGAUGCUAUUAGAUGAAGAUCUGUGACACCAUGGCGCUAUGUUAUAGAUGUUGACGAGCUCCUUUAUGUAUUACCAUUGAAACCCUAGCAUGAAGUGUCUUAGGAAAACAUCCUUAUGCUUGUACAUUUUACUCCCUGAAUCAUGCCUUUGUUUAUUCUUGACUAGGAUUUGAAAAAUCGGACUAAUAUUUGAUUGUUAGCUAUUUCUCGCUGGAUACUCGUUGAGCUCGAUGCUUUAUUGUAUAUCCAGAUUCUUGAAUAUGAUGCAAUGCAGAGGUCUAUCGUGGCUCCAUUAGCAAGUUAGUGAUUUUAA